AUGAGAAGAGUUGAUGGUGGCAACUUGUUUCCCGAGCAGGCUAAAUUUCAGUACACUUGGAUGGAAGCAGAUUCUGUUAAAGAUCCAUUACCGUCUGAUAGCGAAUCUAAUUCUGAUGAUUCAGUUUGUUCUUAUAGAAUAAUGGCCCAGCGAAGGACAUUGAAAGAGUUGUUAGCACUGGGUCUUGACCAACAACCGCUUUGCAUCCAGUAUCAACCUUUGGAUGUCAACUUUGAGUUGAAGUCGGGACUCAUUCACUUAUUGCCCUCUUUCCAUGGGUUGGCCGGUGAGGACCCGAAUAAACAUUGGAAUGAGUUUCAUAUUGUCUAUUCUAGUAUGAAACCUGCUGCAGUGACUGAAGAACAAAUUAAGCUGCGAGCUUUUCCUUUCUCCCAGAAAGAUGCUGCUAAAGAUUGGUUGUACUAUCUUCCACCCAGUACUGUUGAAACCUGGAAUGGUAUGAAGACUAUGUUCUUGGAACGAUAUUCUCCAGCAUCUAAACUUUGGAAGAAUCAAGAAAGAGAUCUGCGAAGUAUGAUUGAUGCAGCCAGUGGGGGUGCACUAGUUGAUAUGACUCAUGCUGCAACCAGGAGCUUGAUUUUUAAUAUGGCUACCAACUCAAAACAGUUUGGCAUUCGCCAAGACCCAAAUCAACCACCAAAUUCAGUUAAUGAGUCUACACUUGCAAGACCACCUGGUUUCACUUUUCAACAGUGGUCUCAACAAAAUUUUGUACCUAGACCAUCACAAGCACCGCAAGCUGCUCCACCAACAUGUGCCAAACCCUCUACUGAAGAUUUAACUAAUGCAAUUGCUACAAAUACUCUCCAGUUUCAGCAAACUACCCAAGCUUCCAUUAAAAGUUUGGAGAAUCAGGUGGAACAACUAGCAGCAUCAUAUAACAGGUUGGAAGCUCAUUUGUCUAAUAAAUUUCCUACACAACUUGAGAUGAAUCCCAAGGAGAAUGCUAGUGCAGUAACUUUGAGAAGCGGGAAGCAAUAUGAUUCACCUAGUCCUCCAAUGCCUAGUAAAUUGUCAUCCAAGCCACAAGUUGAUUGCUCAGUUGAUGAAGAUGUGCUUCCAAAGCCAACCAACCCGAUUCAACCAGCCCCUAAGCCUACUUUUGUCACCCCACCGCCUUUCCCAAGCAGAUUGAAGAAGAUUAAAAAGGAAGAGGUUGACAAGGAAAUUCUUGAGACUUGUCGCAAAGUUGAGGUAAACAUUCCAUUACUUGAUGCUAUUAAACAAGUGCCACGUUGUGCUAAAUUUCUGAAGGAGUUGUGCACGAAUAAGAAGAAAUUGAAGGGUGAUGAAAAGAUAAGUGUGGGGGAGAACGUCUCCGCUGUUCUCCAAAAGAAGCUGCCACCAAAAUGCAAGGAUCCUGGAACCUUUACAAUUCCUUGUAUGAUUGGGAAUAAAAGGAUUGAGUGUUGUAUGAUAGAUUUGGGAGCAUUGAUUAAUGUCAUGGCAUAUUCAUCAUAUGCUUCUUUAAAUCUUGGGCCACUAAAGGAGACAGGGGUUAUUGUUCAGCUGGCCGAUUGCACUAAUGCUUAUCCUUUAGGGUUAGUUGAAGAUGUGCUGGUGAAGGUUGAUGGGAUUGUCUUUCUAGUCAUGUUGAACGUAGUGGUCGAUGAUGAGAACUAUGGAUUGUACUGA